ACACCAUCUCACGAAUCCAAUUGAGUCAAGAUGAGCUUCAUUACCCGUCGCGCUCUGUCUACUCUCAUUCCACCAAAGGUGGCCUCUCCAUCAGGAAUCGGUGCCGCUCAAGAUGCUGCUCGCAUGCAACGUGUAGUUAGCUUCUACGAAAAGCUUCCUCGAGGCGCAGCUCCAGACGUCAAGCCAAAGGGACUUCUUGGUAGAUACCAGGCUCGAUACUUCGGAAAAAACCCAUCUGCCACACCUCUCAUCCAUGCCAUUGCCUUCGUCGUCGCCAUUGGCUACGCUCAGAACUACUAUUUCCAUCUCAGACAUCACAAGAACAAUGCUCACUAGAGGGUAUUUGGAGUAAGGGCGUCAGCAGACAGGGUGGGUGUGUUAGAGUACGAUGGAUGUAAAUAAGUGUUGAGGCGGGAUGAACACAAAUACCAACGACACCCAGUCCAGCACAAAUCGUCUU